AUGUCACGCAAACCUAGCAACACUGAUAGUUUUGAUACGAGACCAUUUAAGGGAGAUAAUGUUUCCCACUUUGUGGAAUCAUAUCCACAAUUUCUGUUGAAGAAUCUUUGUCAACUGUGGAAUGAUGGGUUAUAUUGUGAUGUCAGUAUUGUUGUAUGCGAAGUUACUUUCAAUGCCCAUCGCCAUAUUUUGGCUGCUUCCAGUUCAUUUUUCAAAGCAAUGUUUAUGUCUGGUAUGACAGAGGAGAAACAAAGAGAGAUUACUCUACAUGGUGUAGAUAAAGAGAUCUUACAAGGAUUAUUAUCGUUUAUUUAUUCUGGCAUAAUAGAAAUUACCUUAGACAAUGUGCAAGAGUUAAUGGCCACAUCUGAUAUGUUAGGUUUAACUGAUGUUACAGAAGCAUGUGGUCAAUUCUUACAACAACAUUUAAACUGUGAUAACUGUAUAGGUAUUUAUUUAUUUUGUGAAGCUCAUGCUUGUUAUGAUAUAAAAAGAGCUGCAGAAUCUUUUAUACGGAAACAUUUCCUUCAGGUUGUCCACUGUGAGGAAUUUCUACAGUUACCAAAAGAGACCUUGAUACAUUUCUUAUCAAGUGAGAAUCUUCGUAUUGAGAAUGAAACUCAGGCCUUUAAUGCAGCUAUCAGAUGGAUUCAACAUGACUUAAUAGCAAGGAGACGUGAAGUUUUUGAUAUUUUAGUGCCGAUACGUUUUCCAAUAAUUUCUGACAAAUUUCUGGAAAAAUUCAUUGAAGAGUGUGAAGAUAUUAGCCUGAAAAUUGCUAUUCAGAAAAUUAUCCAAGACUAUAAAAUGUCGCGGAAAAUGUGUUUAGAACUUCAGCUCUCCAAAAUUAAUCCUAUGAUGCUCCAACCUAGAUUAAGUGCAAGAAAAAAUAUUUAUAUCAUUGGAGGAUAUUGUCGUAAACGUGGGGAUCGCUGGAGUGAUAUGCAUACAUUGCGAUCUGUAGAAAGAUUUGAUACCUUCCAUAAACAAUGGCAGUCAUUACCAUGUAUGAGAAACCCUCGGAGUGGAUUAGGCGCAGCAGUAUUAGAUGGUAAAAUAUAUGUUGCAGGUGGUGAAAAUGAUUCCUUGAUUCAUGAUUCUGUGGAAAUAUUUGAUCCAGAUGAGAAAAAAUGGACGAAACUGGGAACUAUGACAGAUCCAAGAUGUGGAUUAGGUUUAUGUGCCUAUCGAAAUAAUUUAUAUGCAUUUGGAGGUUGGAUUGGCUCUGUAAUAGGAGAUACUGUGGAGAAAUAUAAUGCUGAUAUCGACCAUUGGUGUAUUGUGGGUAAAUUACCGACACCAAGAUUUGGUAUGGCUGUUAUAGAACAUCAAGGUUUAAUCUAUGUAAUAGGAGGGUUGAGUGAGAUGGGAACAGAAUUAAAGUUUAUUGAUAGUUUUAAUCCAGUGACUAAAGAAUGGAUGAGAUUAUCAAAUAUGCCGUCCCGUAAAGCCUAUAUUGGAGCUGCUGCUAUUGAUGAUUAUAUCUAUGUAGCAGGAGGGUGGAAUGAACAUGAAGGUCCUUUAAAUACUGUACAAAAAUACUCUUUAUCAUUGGAUGAAUGGUCAGUAGUACCUCCACUGUCUAUGAAACGAGCUGGACCCAGUGUGAUUGGAGUUAAUGGUUUAUUAUAUGUUAUUGGUGGACGUUAUUACCCAGACCAAUACUCAGCUCCCAUCACCACAGAUUCCAUGGAAUGUUAUGAUCCUUCUAGUAAUAAAUGGGUGCAAAUGUCUAAUAUGCCCAGCAGUCGUUGUGAGGCUGGUGCUGUUGUUUUAUAA